AUGUCCUUAGGGCAGGUUGAGGGCUUCAGCCCAUUGAACCCAUACAAAAUGGGAAAUCUAAUGGGACCGCUUCAAUAUUGCGCGAUCACCCCUCAAGACGGCUGCACGGACGCAUAUCCAUGGCAAACUCGAAUCCUCCUAUGUUGUAUUAAUGCAAAGCGUUGUUCCUUAGAAUGCAUCUGCUUGCGAUCGCAGUACCCAAGGUUGCACCAAAUGAGCCUGAGCAGGUUCCUUUUAACCUCGGGACGACAGAUGCGCCUGUUAUGUUCCCGUUUUUUCACUCUUCAUCACAGUACCAUACCGAAUACUCAGCACCAUGCUGCCUUGAAGUGGACUGCCUACUCGGCACCCACGCGAGCUUUCGGUUUCCCACGAGGGGUUUAUCCUCAGCCGGUUACUAUUUUGCCGAUUGAAAAGGGUACUAUUCUCGAGUUGCUAGGCUUUACUCAAGAACAGAAUAUUCCGUUGUGA